CGCUCCCGCUGAUCUCACUGACCGCAGGAUCGCUCCUACCGCUGAAGUUAUUACACCCCACCUUAUGGCUCACUACCAUAUGUGAUCCUGCUCUCCUCAAAUCUAGUUAGUUUAAACGGUUCAAUGCAAUCUUAACCUAACUUGCUGAUCUGUAGUCCUGGUGACUUCCUCUACACUGAAAUGGACCUGUAACUUCAGCGAGGUUCUCCUCAGUAGCCGGCGAGAGAGCUCCCUGGUCCACUGCCAUGGCAGUCUCCGAACUGUACUCAAAGUCGGCCCGGGUCUGGCUCCCUGACCCCGAGGAGGUGUGGAGGUCCGCGGAGCUCACCAGAGCCUUCACCCCCGGAGACCAAGUCCUAUCACUACGACUGGAGGACGGCUCGGUGUUGGAACACAGAAUUGACCUAAAAAGCAACAGAUUACCACCCCUGAGAAACCCUAACCUCCUGGUGGGGGAGAAUGACCUGACAGCGCUGAGCUACCUCCACGAACCGGCCGUCCUGCACAACCUCAAAGUGCGCUUCACAGACUCCAAGCUCAUUUACACAUAUUGUGGCAUCGUGCUGGUGGCCAUCAACCCGUACAGCAGCCUGCCCAUCUACGAGGCGGACAUCAUCCAUGCCUACAGCGGGCAGACCCUGGGCGACAUGGACCCCCACAUAUUUGCCGUGGCCGAGGAGGCAUACAAAAACAUGGCCAGGGACGAGAGGAACCAGUCUGUGAUCGUCAGCGGGGAGUCUGGGGCCGGGAAGACCGUCUCGGCCAAGUACGUGAUGCGGUACUUUGCCACGGUCAGCCGCUCCUCGGUGCAGGCCAAUGUGGAGGAUAAGGUGCUGGCCUCCAAUCCCAUCAUGGAGGCCAUCGGGAAUGCGAAGACGACCCGGAACGACAACAGCAGCCGGUUUGGAAAGUACAUUGAGAUAGGCUUUGACAAGAAGAACCGCAUCAUCGGGGCGAUGAUGAAGACCUACCUUCUGGAGAAAUCGAGAGUGGUGUUCCAGCCUCUUGGAGAAAGGAACUACCAUAUAUUGUAUCAGCUGUGUGCCUCCUCUCACCUGCCAGAGUUCAAAGAUUUCAAGUUAAGCUGUGCUGAUGACUACCUCUGCACCAACCAAGGCCAGUGCCUGGCUAUAGAGGGCGUGGAUGAUGCUGGAGAUAUGUCUGAAACUAGGAGAGCCUUAACGUUGCUAGGAUUCAGUGAUAGUGACCAAAUGUCACUUUUCCGAAUCCUUGCUGCCAUUCUUCACUUCAGCAACGUAGAAGUGAAGGCUCAGUCAGCAGACAGCAGCAGCAUCACGCCAGACCAACACCACCUGGCUAUGUUCUGUGAGCUGAUGGGGGUGGCCUACCAGGACAUGGCCUACUGGUUAUGCCACAGGAAGCUCAGGACGGCCACAGAAACCUUUGUCAAGACUCUCUCCAAGGUGUCCGCGGUCAACGGGCGAGAUGCCCUAGCCAAGCACAUCUACGCCAAGCUGUUUGGCUGGAUCGUAGACAGCAUCAACCGGACCUUGAAGUUUGCCGCCACCCGUCGCUGCUUCAUUGGCAUUCUGGACAUCUACGGAUUUGAAACAUUUGAUGUCAACAGUUUUGAACAGUUUUGCAUCAAUUAUGCCAAUGAGAAACUCCAGCAGCAGUUCAACCUGCACGUCUUCAAGCUGGAGCAGGAGGAGUACAUGAAGGAGGAGAUCCCCUGGUCCCUCAUCGACUUCUCAGACAACGAGCCCUGCAUCCGCCUGAUCGAGGCCAGGAUGGGCGUCCUGGACCUACUGGACGAGGAGUGCAGGAUGCCCAAAGGCUCUGAUGACACGUGGGUCCAGAAACUGUAUGCCACCCUCCUGAAACAGAACGAUCAUUUUGACAAGCCCAGACUGUCCAACACAGCUUUUAUCAUCCACCACUUUGCAGACAAGGUGGAGUACCAGUGUGAUGGCUUCCUGGAGAAGAACAAGGACACUGUCAAUGAGGAGCAUAUAAAUGUUCUGAAAAUGAGCAAGUUUGAUUUGCUAGUGAUGCUUUUGGAAGAGCAAGAGACAGACACAAACAGCACCAGUUCCACAUCGAAGAGGUGCCGUCAAGGUCCGGCUAGUAAAGUUCACAAGAAGACUGUUGGACUGCAGUUUCGUCAGUCACUCACCCUGCUGAUGGACAUGCUGAACGCUACAACUCCUCACUAUGUGCGCUGCAUCAAACCCAACAACCAAAAAGCCCCGUUCACACUGGAGCCCAUGAGGACAGUGCAGCAGCUCAGGUCCUGUGGAGUUCUGGAGACCAUCCGGAUCUCCGCUGCAGGCUACCCCUCCAGAUGGACCUACCAGGAGUUCUUCAAGCGGUACGGGGUCCUGGUGAGGCAGAAGGACGUGCAGACCGACUUCAAUCAGACCUGUAAGACAGCCCUUGAGAAACUGAUUGAGGAUAGAGACAAGUAUCAAUUCGGCAGAACCAAGAUCUUCUUCCGUGCGGGCCAGGUGGCCUACCUGGAGGACCUGCGGUCGGAGAAGCUGCGCCUGGCGUGCGUCAGCAUCCAGAAGACCCUGCGCUGCUGGCUGGCCCGCAAGAAGUUCCUGAGGAUGAGGAGAUCUGCAGUGGUGCUCCAGAAACACGUCCGUGCCCAACAGGCAUGCCGUUUUGUCCGGUUGUUGCGCUGGACGAAUGCAGCCGUGGUGAUCCAGAAGAACGUCAGGAUGUGGGCGGGCAGGAGAGCCUAUCAGAGGGAGCGGUCUGCUGCUGUCACCAUCCAGGGCUGCUUCAGGGCCUACAAGGCCCGACAGAGCUACUAUAAGCUGCUUUACGAGCAGAAGACGGUGGUGAUCCAGAGCUGGGUGCGGGGCUGGCUGGCCCGGAGACGCCACCAGCGUUACCUGGCGGCCGUGGUCCUUCUGCAGAGCUGCGUGCGGCGCCUGGGGGCCCGGCGGGAGCUGAAGAGGCUGAGGGCCGAGGCCCGCUCGGUGGAGCACUUCAAGAAGCUCAACGUGGGCAUGGAGAACAAGAUCAUGCAGCUGCAGCGCAGGAUCGACCAGCAGCAAAAGGAACACAGAGAAGCUAGUGUGAGGCAGAGCGCCCUGGAGAAGACCCAGGCAGCGGAGCAGAAGAGGCUGAGGGGAGCAGAGCUGGACGCCCUGACCAAGGCACACAGGAUCCCCUCGCUGCUGGAGCAGCUGGCCUCCCUCCACCGGGAGCUGGACGCUGUGGGCAGGGAGAAGGAGGAGCAGGCCAGGGCCCACCAGGAGCACACACUCAAGAUGGAGUCUGAUCUAAUCGAAAAGAUGAACAUGUGGAACAAGGAGAGGGAAGAGCUGAACAGGUUAAUUCAAGACCAGGCGAGGCAGACAUCAGAGAGCCAAGCGGCUCUAGAGACCAACAGGCAGCUGGAGAAGGAGCUGUUGGAGGAGCGCGCCCACUACCAGAGCCUGCUGAGUGAACACCUGCAGCUGGAGGAACGCCAUGGAGACCUCCAGGACAAGAUGAACCGCAGCAGCGCGGACGCCGCGUCGAGCCACAGGAGGAGCGACUCCCUCCAGAGCAGCAGCUCCUCGGAGGGAACACAGGGCUCGGGCUACACGGACGGGCGGGACAGCCCCGCACACAGAGAGGAUGUGACCCGGGCUGCGGUGGACAUGCCGGUGCUGCUGAAGCUCCAGAGGAAGGUGAAGGAGCUGGAGGAGGAGAAGCGCUCUCUGUUUGGUCAGCUCAACCGAAGGGAGGAGGCGGAGCAGGAGAAGUCCAAGGAGAUGGAGGAUCAGAAGACGGUCAACAGAGCUGAACUGGACACAGAGGCUCUCAAGCGCCAGGAGCUCGAGUCGGAGAACAAGCGUCUGAAGCAGGACCUGGGCUCGCUGCGGAAGUCCCUGACAGACGACAGCGGCCCGCUGGCGCCGCCAAAGCCGGGCUCCAUGCCCUACAACGUCCUCCUGGAGCAGCUGGACUGCAGCAAUGAGGAGCUGGAGAUGAGGAAGGAGGAGGUGCUGCUCCUCAGGUCCCACAUGGUCCGGCAGACCGCCUUCAAACACAAGGACUCCCUGACUGACGGUCAGUCUCUGAAGCAGAGUCUAAACCAGAUCUCCUUGCUGCAGGGCAGUGACGGAUCGUCCAAGCUGCACACGCUGAACGAGGAUGGGGAGCUGUGGUUGGCCUACGAGGGCCUGAAAGAGACCAACAGGGUCCUAGAGGGGCUGCUCCAGGACCAGGGCCGCGCCCACCAGCAGGAGGUCCAGGAGGUACGCCGGGAGCUCCUCGGGGUGAGGGAGGAGAGUGGGCGGCAGCAGCAGCUCCUGGCCCAGAGUCUCCUGCUGCCCAAGGAGGCGCAGGUGGAGGCCUGCCUCCAGCACGAGAUCACGCGGCUGGCUAACGAGAACCUGGAUCUCAUGGAACGUCAAGAAGGCCAAGAUAAAACCGUGCGCGUCCUGAAACAGCAGCUUAAGAGCUACGCUGAACGGCUCGAAGAGUUUGAAGCCUGCGCCCGGAGACAGAGCACCGUGUCACAGAUCGGCAUUCCGGUCAACAUCACACGCAAGGAGAAGGUAUUCCAGGGAAUGCUGGAGUAUAAGGAAGGAGACGAGAGCAUGCUGCUGAAGAAUCUGGUCAUUGAUCUGACACCCCGCAGUGUGGCAGUCAGCUCCCUGCCCUGGUUGCCAGCGUACAUCAUCUUCAUGUGCAUACGCUAUGCGGACCACAUCAACGACGAGGAGCGAGUCAGCACCCUGCUCAACUCCACCAUCAUCAGCAUCAAAGGGGUCAUUAAGAGAAGAGGGAAGGACUUUGAGACAGUGUCUUUCUGGCUGGCCAACGCCGGUCGCUUCCUGCACUGUCUGAGGCAGUACAGUGGAGACGAGGACUUCACCAAGCACAACACGCCCAGGCAGAACGAGCACUGCCUGACCAACUUUGAGCUGUCGGGCUACCAGCAGGUGUUCGGGGACCUGGUGAUUCAGAUCUACCAGCAGCUGAUCAAGUGCACACAGGACCAGCUGCUGCCCCUCAUCGUGGCUGGCAUGCUGGAGCACGAGACGGCCCAGGGUGUCCUGGGCUCCAUGCCCGCCGGCCAGAGGAAGAGGGGUGCCAGCGUGGCUGAGGAGGCUGACGCCGUCACCGUGGAGACCAUCCUGCAGCAGCUCAGCCUGUUCCACGGCGCCAUGCGGCAGCACGACAUGGACCAGGAGCUGGUCAGGCAGGCGGUCAGGCAGCUCUUCCACUUCAUCUGCGCCGUGACCCUCAACCACCUGCUGCUGCGGAAGGACAUGUGCUCCUGGGGGAAGGGCCUGCAGAUCAGGUACAAGGCGUGGCAACUGGAGGAGUGGCUGAUGGAGAAGGAGCUGUCCGACUGCGGGGCAAAGGAGGCCCUGGAGCCGCUGGUCCAGGCCGCGCAGCUCCUGCAGAUCAACAAGAAGACGCCCGCUGACGCCCAGGCCAUCUGCGCCAUGUGCAGCGCCCUCACAGCUCCCCAGAUCGUUAAAGUGCUCAAUCUGUACACGCCAGUGAUUGAGUUCGAGGAGAGGGUGUCCCCGACCUUCAUCGCCACCAUUCAGGACCUUCUGAGGGACCGCAGCGAGCCCACCACGCUGAUGAUGGACGUGAAGAGCGUCUUCCCCAUCAGCAUCCCCUUCGUCCCCUCACUGGUCGUCAUGGACGCCAUCCAGAUCCCCGCCAGCCUCCACCUAGGCUUCCUCACCCGGGUCUAACCCCCCCCCCCCCCCCCCCAUGCUCUUAUGUUAUAUUUAUAUGUUUUAUGUCUGCCUUCAUUUCACCGAUGGUUGAGAUACAGUUUUAAACCAAGGUGUCAUUCUCUUCAUUCUCUUGGUAGUCUAAUGUGAUGUGUUGCCGUAUCUAGGUUUGUUUGUGCAGGUAUCUAUGUUAGCUUGGGUGUGAAUGUGGUCCAAAAUAUUUCAUUUGUCAAUCGUAACCUUUGCUAUAUGCACUUUAUACUGUGGAAAAAGGUCUGCUAUGUAUAAAGGCUGCCCUUGGAUCCCAUGGCUGUCCUUAAUGUCUUUAUGAUACCCAAUUACUGAUUUGACAUAGAACUUCUAUACCAAAUAACUUAUUUUUCAAUUAAUUAAGGUGAAAUAUGCUAAAUAUCAAAAACAACCAAAGAGGAGGAUUUCAGUGUGUGUGCCUUGACCAAAUGAAAAGAUAGAAUUCUCUUUUUAAAAAAAAUGAGUGCAAUGUAUCCGUUUUUACAGAUUGUUUUUUAUAAUUCAAGUGGAUUGUGGUAAAAAUCA